GGGGCUACCGUUAGUCAUCGGUGUGUCACUAGCGCUGCCCGGCUCAGGGCCAGAACCGAGGAGGCGCGUGGGGAAUGUGUGUGGAAUGAAAGAACGGAUGGGGAAACUGAGGCCAAGUCAGUGGCAGAGCUGGGAUUCAAACCCAGGGCUGUACAGAGAGAAGGGACCUAGUUUGAUCUCCCACCACCUCCCGCUCAGUGAACCCUGCCCGGAGCCCCAGCACACAAGAGGCGCUCCAUCAGGGCUUUGAAACGGAACUGAUUGGCAACCAGAGACGCUCAGGCCCGAGGACAGACUGCUCCCUCCAGCCCUAACCUCCACAGUCCUCCACGACCAUAGAGAGCUGCGCGGGACCGCGCGCUGGGCUCGAGGGCUAGAGAGGCCGGAAGUGCGGCGAGCCUGGGGACGCUCUGGCCGCGCCGGUCUUUUCCCAGCGGCUCGGGGCGAGGAGGCCCCAGAAGAGCCUCGGGAUGGACGAAGGGGGCGUGCGGCAGCCCGCUGAGCCGCCCACAAGGAAGAAAUUCCUCAUACCCCUAGACGAGGAUGCGGUCCCUCCUGCUGGGGUUAAGCCCUUAUUCAGAUCCACUCGGAGCCAUCCCACCACGGAGACCUCAGCCCAGGCAGCCCCUCAGACCUACGCUGAGUAUGCUGUCUCGGGACCUGCAGGAGGGGCUGGAGCCGCACCCCCCACCGGGCCAGAACCCCAGGCAGGAGAGACCCCCAACCAGGCUCCCAAACCAGGGGCAAAAUCCAACAGCAUCAUUGUGAGCCCCCGGCAGAGGGGCAACCCCGUGCUGAAGUUUGUGCGCAAUGUGCCCUGGGAAUUUGGCGACGUGGUUCCUGACUACGUGCUGGGUCAGAGCACCUGCGCCCUCUUCCUCAGCCUCCGCUACCACAACCUCCACCCAGACUACAUCCACGAGCGGCUGCAGAGCCUGGGGAAGAGCUUCGCCCUGCGGGUGCUGCUCCUGCAGGUGGAUGUGAAAGAUCCUCAGCAGGCCCUCAAGGAGCUGGCUAAGAUGUGCAUCCUGGCAGACUGCACCCUGGUCCUUUCCUGGAGCCCCGAGGAGGCCGGCCGGUACCUGGAGACCUACAAGGCCUACGAGCAGAAGCCAGCAGACCUCCUGAUGGAGAAGCUGGAGCAGGACUUCGUCUCCCGGGUGACUGAAUGUCUGACCACGGUGAAGUCAGUCAACAAGACGGACAGCCAGACCCUCCUGACCACUUUUGGGUCUCUGGAACAGCUCAUAGCCGCAUCGAGGGAAGAUCUGGCCUUGUGCCCGGGCCUGGGGCCCCAGAAGGCCCGCAGGCUGUUUGAUGUCCUCCAUGAGCCCUUCUUGAAAGUGCCCCGGUGACCUCAGCUGCCAAGGAGGCCCUCUGUGUAACAAUAAAGCAUCUUCCUGGCCAGGC